CUACUUGAAGUCGAUCGCGUAUCACAUCGCAAACGAGCGACUUGAGCGCUUUUCGCAGUUUACUUCAGGGAAUGCCGUGUUUACGUUUCGGCUUGUGUGUUUAUGACGAGCGAUUCACGCGUUGUUGAAAGUAAGGGGCAGUUUAAAAUGUUUGCAUACGUACAGUCUUUGAGUUCUUAGGAACGAGAAUCCACGAGGACGCAAGGUCUUACAGAAACAACGUGAUUACGCUUGAUCUCGCGAAGGAUUUUGUAUUCCAGGAGGACUGUAAACAGAAAUAUAUUCGAGAAGCAAGAUUCAGUCUCAUGAGUGAUAACAAGCAAGGAUUUAUCGCAGUACAUGUUGGUGCUGGGCAGCACUCGGCGUCGCUCAAGGAAAAGUAUCAAAAGUUAUGUCGCGAAGCGUGCAAAGUGGGAACUCAAAGUUUGAGAUCAAAUGGCAAUGCACUGGACGCGGUGGUGGAAGCAGUGGUUGUACUGGAAGAUUCUCCUAUGACAAACGCCGGAUUCGGAUCAAAUCUCACGUUGAACGGAACGGUGGAAUGUGACGCGAGUGUAAUGGAUGGUAACAGUUUGCAGUACGGUGCAGUCGGUGCGGUUAGCGGGAUAAAAAAUCCUGUUUUGUUGGCGAAACGUUUGUGCGAACAGCAGUCCAUUAAGUUCGCAUACGGCAGAAUUCCACCUAGCUUCUUGGUCGGAAAUGGGGCGCACAUUUGGGCGAACGAGAUGGGCAUACAAAUUUUACCACCUGAACAAUUGAUAUCAGUGAGAUCCCAAAAGAUAUACAAGCAUUAUAAAAGAAAAGUAGAAGGCUGCAGUGCGGAGGCUCAAAAGUGUGCUAAGAAACGGAUGGAUACAGUGGGUGCAAUAUGCGUUGACGACAGUGGAAAUAUUGCUGCGGCCUGCUCAAGCGGUGGUAUAAUCUUGAAAUAUCCUGGAAGAGUUGGGCAGGCUGGAGUUUGGGGCUGCGGUACCUGGGCUUGCAAAGACACCUCGUAUUCGGUAGGCACUAGUACUUCAGGUUGUGGAGAACAUCUUGUGCGCACCUCGUUAGCGCGUACAGUUGCAGAAGCUAUCUCUGACACGACUUGCCCGACCACGAGUUUGCAUCGAGCGAUGAACGCAGAUUUCAUCGAUUCCAAAUUUCUCCGCGGACUUGAACAGAAGCUCGGCGGCGUCAUCGCCGUACGGUACUCGCAGCAAGAAGGUUCGGGCGACUUUCUCUGGAGCCAUUCCACAAAUUCUAUGAUAAUAGGUUACAUGAAUACAUGUGAACGUGCACCAAUGAGCUACAUGUCGGCCUUAUCAUCGCAUGAAGUAGGUAAGAAAGCUAUUGUCGAAGGUGUUUGUUUUAAGCUGACGGGACUUGAUAAAGUUUAAAAUUACAUACGUGUUCUCAAAUAUAAUAAGUUUUUCUAAGGAAUCGCUAUUUAUAAUGUAAAAUACUCUAUACAAAAUUUUUAUACAGAUCCAUGUUAAUUUCAUGAAAUAUAUAGAUGCUACCAAGUUAAAUAAUUUUCCAUGAUCACAAUUUUCUAUAGCAAGUAUAUUUUCCUAAAUUUUAUAUUAAAUAUUUAUAUAAAUAUUUAAUAUUUAUAUUAAAAAUUUUAUAUUACUAUUAUACAUAGACUUGACUAUAUAUUUCAUUGCAAAUCGUAUAAAUACAAUGAUAAUUAUUAACAUAUGUAAAUACAAUAUAUCCUGAUAACAAUUUAAUCUUUAGUUUAUACUUCAUAUCAAAUAUUUCACCUACUACUUUAUAUGUAUAAUACAGAUAAAAUACAUGUGUAUAUAAAAUGCCAUUGCAUCCAAUAAAGCCUAGAUGGAACUAAGGGGAGACAUCGAGGUCACGUUUUAAAAGAA